AUGUGGGCCAAAAUAGGCCCAAAAGCGCCCCCAAGUUCUACUAAGCUCCCCUCAGCAACCCCUGAGACGUUCCACAGAGUGAAAUCUAAGGUUGGUACUGGACAAAGUCAAGCCUCGAAGACAAAAUCGAGCAGAAAGCGUCCCAGAAUCUCCACCAAUUCCAAUUCGGAUUCCAGUUCUGAUUCCACUUCUGAAGAUGAACCCGAAAAUCCAACCAGUUCAGAAACCGAACAAGCCAACCCAACCAGCAAAAACCAACACACAUCAAACAGGCCACCCCAAGAUGAAGAAGUCGGUUUUGAUUUGGACAACUUUGAAUCCCACUUGGAAUCUUGGUCGUUAAGCGAACUCCGAGCCACCUUGCAGAAGAAAAAACACGGCACCUCCAAUCGCAUUUCACCCGAGGUUCAAGAAAGAUUAGAGUUGCUUCAGCAAAACUAUAUGAAAAGCAAGCUCAUGUUGGCUCUCAUUGGAAAUGUUGCGGAAAAGACAGUCACCAAGUUUCUCGGAGAAAACAAGCCCCCCCGUAGAAAAAGUGGAUGGAACCGAUUUGCUGCAUUCAGCCUUGAGAGUUUGAAAUAUCCAGUUCCGCCAAAGGGUGCCUCCAAAGGGUGGGAGGAGCAAAACAUAGAGAUCGGAAAGGCUUGGAAAUUGCUGGAUGUUGAUGAGAGGGCUGUUUUUAGUGCCCGGAUCUUCCAACACUUCUCUGGAAUACCAUGCAACUUUGAAGAUGAGCCGGAGGACAAUGAAGAAGAAUCGGAUUUGACCACUGAUGAAAUCGAAUUAAAUAAACCACUUUACAAUAAGUUGGUGAACAUCGAAAAGGUAAACAUAUUUGCUGCUAAAGGAUCGGAAUGUCAGGGUGAAAACACCAGUCAAACCUAUAAAAAAGCUUUGAGUGCCACACUCAAGCUGAACUCCGAGUUUCUGUAA